AUGAAGUUUACACUCAUUCUCGCAGGUCUCUUCCUUUACUGUUGGUCCACGUCAGCACAACAACUGAAUACAUGUCGACCUGUAACUUGUAUGAUUGUAUGUCCAAAUGGAUUCGACGUAGAUGCAGAAAUAAAUUGUCCAGUCUGUCGAUGUAAAAAACCUGAAUUAUUAGCUCGAUGCCCUCCCGUUGCAUGCACAAUGCCGUGUCCACAUGUUAUUGAAGUAGAUCCAGGUACAAAUUGUCCAGUCUGUCGGUGCAGAAGUCCACAAAUUUCUACAGCGACAACGCCGCCAACAAUCUGUCUACCAGUAAAUUGUGCACUUUUCUGUUCAAAUGGUUUCGUUAUUGACCCGGAAACGAAUUGUGAAGUCUGUCGAUGUAAAAGUACGCACCACUCUACUUGUCUUGCACCAAUUCUAGAAUACAACUGUGAUCUUCUCGGUGCUACAAAGCCAACGUGUCCUGAAACACAUUACUGCAACUAUUUUUCACUUGGGGGUGAAAUGCGCGUGCCUCGAUGUUGUUUAAAACCAACCACAUCAUUCAGUACUGUAGCACCCUCAUCGACGAGUGAAAUGAUCACAACAUCAGUGACUAACCCAACUCAAAAGUCUACAACUACACGUCCUCCUACAUCGGCAUCACUUAGCGAGGAAUUGCAAGCCUUAGGUUUCAAUACAAUGGCAUCAACUCCAUGA